AUGCCGGCCCCUCUGGAGCCCUGCCUCUCCGAGCUCGACGGCAGCGCCAGCGGCGGCGGAGACCCGUCCAGCCUCCUCACCGACGACGAGGACUGCGCCAGGCCCCGGGCCGCGGCCCCCACCCCGGGGCUGUCCGUGCCAGCCCGCAGGAGCGCGCCCACCGGCUCCUCCGCCGUCCCCGGCGCCCAGGACGAAGAGCAGGAGCGGCGACGGCGGCGGGGUCGCGCCCGGGUGCGCUCCGAGGCGCUGCUGCACUCCCUGCGGAGGAGCCGUCGGGUCAAGGCCAACGACCGCGAGCGAAACCGCAUGCACAACCUCAACGCCGCCCUGGACGCGCUGCGCAGCGUGCUGCCCUCGUUCCCCGACGACACCAAGCUCACCAAAAUUGAGACCCUGCGCUUCGCUUACAACUACAUCUGGGCCCUGGCUGAGACGCUGCGCCUGGCAGAUCAAGGGCUCCCCGGGGGCGGUGCCCGGGAGCGUCUCCUGCCCCCGCAGUGUGUCCCCUGCCUGGCCGGGCCCCCGCCGAGCCCUGCUAGCGACACGGAGUCCUGGGGCUCCGGGGCCGCUGCCUCCCCCUGCGCCACUGUAGCAUCGCCGCUCUCUGACCCCAGCAGUCCCUCGGCCUCGGAAGACUUCGCCUACGGCCCCGGCGACCCCCUCUUCUCCUUCCCUGGCCUGCCCAAAGACCUGCUCCACGCGACGCCCUGUUUCAUGCCGUACCACUAG